UUUUGUCCGUCUAUCGGCUUGUGCCAGCGCAGCGCGUGUUAUGUUGUUUGUUCUUUCGCAGUCAAGUCUCAAGAGAUGUGGUUUGCAUUGAAUCUGUUGUAAUGAACGAACCAAUACGAUAUAACUUAUGAAGAAGAACGGAAUUAUUCUAGUCUGUUAUCAUCCUAUGGAAUAGACCGAGUUGAGUCGAUCGUUCGAGUAUUGGCAUUUUCUAUGCCCCGUACGGACUUGACUUUGCAUGCAGCGUCUGUGAAUAUUUUGUUUGAAGAGUAAUAAUGGAUGAGGGUCAUGACCUACUCGGUCGUGACGAAAAAGAGGACAAUAUGGCAGAUGACGAUUUGUUGGAGGGUAUGCCUCCCCUCCAGACCUGGGUGAAACCUGCUGGACGAGGCCCUUCCCCAGUUAGUUCUACGCAGGCAAAGAGAACAAGCUCCCCCCACCAGCUGGCAUCAAUAUCAUCCAUGUCGCCAGUGGGUAGUGGCGUGCGGAGUACUGUGUGCCCGAUUCCAGUGAGCUGUAGCGAGGCGAUGCCCUCCACGUGGAACGUGCGCACGGCAGCAACCGACGUCGCGGGAGGAGUGCGCCCAGCUGCAAUUCAACAGGCGCACUCUGCUGGUCUGGUGAUACGGCCUAGCGGCAGUGGCAAUGUGACGUCUGCGAGCGCACCCCGAGCUGCUGCAGCAGCAGGCACAGGUACGCCCGUGAUGCCCUCGUCCAGUUCAGCCGUGCCACAAACGCAACGCAAUCUCCUGUCGGCAUACUCCGUGGAGCAGCAGAAGCGGCGGCUACAUGAGCAAGAUGAGCUGGUAGCCACACCGUACGGCCGUGACACUGCGGCCUCCUCCUCUUCAUGCACCAUUCCUAGCUCUCCGGUGUCUUCACAAACUCCGAGGAGCGAAUCACCGCAGGCGGUUGCCAAGCCACACUUUUCACCCGAGUCGGUGAAUGAAGCAUCCAAGAAAGCACCCACGAGUAUGCCCCGCUGGAUGCUGAUCCACAAAGAUGCCGGUCCGUGUGCGAGGUGUUCCAUGUGUCUCAAGGCUAUAGCGUAUGGACCGCGCCUUUACACACAUCCACAGCAGUGGUCCUCGGCGCAGCUCCAGGCUCUGGCAGUGAAACGUGGCGUCAGUGGAUCCCAGUGUGUCUGCCGUAACUGUCUUCUCCUCCUCAUGGGCCAAGUGCAUGCAAGCAGCCAGAGUGCUGCGACUGCUGCUGGCGGUGGCGGCGGAGAUGCUGGUGGAGAUCGCGGUGGUGCUGGUAGCACGGUGGUGGACGCGAUGCAGGCCCCACUCAGCAUGCGACCUGGCAGCACAGUAGGUGCAGCGACCUCUUCCAAGCCCGUCAACGCCAACUCUGGUUCUCGGCACCUAGGCGCAGCUGCAGCUGGCGGCAGUGGGAGUAUGAAAAGAGGGCGGCGAACUCCCGCCGUGUCCGACACAGACUCCGCCAACUCCAGUCAGUUAUCGUCGUCAGAGGCGGAUGACAGCGAGGAUGACCAAACGUUUCGCGUGGGCAAGUCCAAGCGUAAGCAGCAUGGAGGUGGUGCUGGCGGUGGUACUGGUGGCACUGCUGCUGUCAAGCAGGUGGCGUGUGCGUAUCCCAAGUGCCCAGAGCCGGCUCGUCAUCACAUCGGCCAGCGCAGUCACCCGGCCGCCGCCACCCUGCUCAGCUUGUCGUGGGACGUGAUCAAGGCGUCGUGCGACAGCAGUGGCCGCCUGCCGCUGUGCAACGAGCACCACAAGACCAUCAACCAGCUACACGGGCCCAGUGCCAAGGGCUAUCAGACGAAAAGCUCCAUUCGCGAUCUGGUGGACGAGAAGUUCCGGCCGGAGGACUAUGGUCCAGCGUUGCGCAAUGUCAGCGCUAACAGCAGUAGCACUAGCGCUUCGAAGAGCUGUGCCACGGGCACGUCAGGCCGCAAGGGACGCAAGUGGCGCGCAAUCGACACGAAUACGCCGUUUGCGCGUGCACUGCGCACCCUGCCCAAGGCGGUGGAGCGGCCCGAUCGCACCUACUGCGGACUCGUGCGCAUGCCGGUCACCUGUCUCCUACCUGCGUCACAUGACAUGGCCUUGGAUCGUGACAUGCCUCACGUCCCACCCAAGCCCUUGCCCAAGCCAGCUGCAUCCAGUGAUGGUGUAAGCUCCACUGUUGCUAGUAGUAAUAUAUCGACUCCACACGCAGUCCCGAGCAGCAAUGGCGUUGCGGCUGGCAGCAUGAUACCUCCCGUGCAGCGCUUCCACACACACCGUCUCUUUGGCUGCGUGCCGAUCGACGUGGCAACGGGAGAAUCUGUACCCAAGGUGCAGCUGCUCUACGCUGAUCGGCCGCGAACAGUGGUGGUGGUGAGCACGACAGCAGCAGCAGCAACAGGUACUACUUCUACUAGCAACACUGCCGCUGCUACGUUGUCUGCAUUGUCUGCAUCACAGUCCAUGUCAAGGGCUGCACACAGUACAGCCUCUGCCGGUGGCAGAAAAGCAGCAGUGCCAGUCUCUGCACCUGUGUCUCACCCUCAGCAGCAUGCACAGAUGCGGCCCGGACGUCAGCAGCAGCAGUUCUACCAUCAGAAGCAGCAGUCGUCGGCGUCUGGGUCGCAUCACGCCACCUCGGCAGCAGCAGCGCAGCGUUCCUCGUCGUCGUCCAUUCUUCACUCUCACCAUGCAAUGCCAGUUGCAGGACAGCGACACCAAACGCAUGUAGCCCUGCAUCGUCAGGCGCAAGCACCGCAGCAGCAGCAACUUGCUCCGAGGAUGCCGGCAGCGACGGCAAGCACUGCCAUGCGUCCGUUGCUAUCCAGCACUGGCAACGUGGCUGCUGGUUACUCACAGCAGCGUGCUGGGCUACAUCGCCCUGCACUCCUGCAGCAACAGCAUCAAGGUCCUCACCACCACCAUCAGCAGCUGCAGCAGCAGCAGUCUCCACGUGGCCACAAGCAGCAGCAGCAGCCCCAGCAGCAUGGGCCUAUGGCGCACCAUGGCGUGACGCCGUCUGUUCCAUCGCUUCCAGCACGAGGGCAUCAUGCACAUUCCAGUGCAGUGCCUGAGUCUGCUACGGCUCAGCGCUUCCACCAUCGUCAGUCUGCUACUACUUCACAGGCACGUCACUCCCAAUCACCACACCGUAGUGCUGCUGCUACUGCUGCUGCUGCUACCGCCAUUGCUACUGCUAGUCUAGCAGCAGCAUCCACUCAACUGCCUGCGUACAAACAGACCUCAUCAUCAUCAACCGCUGCGGCUUCUUUGCAUGGUCAUGGCGUGCCCGGCCAAGCUCUUUCUGCUGCUGCGGCUUCACCGCCACAAGGGCCGGCCGUCGCUGCAAGCAAUGCCACUGGCACCGUACCACCACCGUCACAGCCGGGGCAGCGACCAGCAGCUGCCACCGCCGCUGCUACUGCUGCAGACUCUACAGGUUCGUCGUUCUUUCAGGUCAACGGCAUCCGACAGCAUUUGGACAUUCCAGCACAGCUCACCGACCUGGACAUUCAGAAGCAAGAGGAGAAGGUGCGAGAGCUGCAUCGCAAACUUCAGCAGGCUGCUGCCAGGUAGGCGCCAUUGCACCGCCCCCGCCUGAUGAUUAGCUGAAACUAACUUAUAGCCAAUAUGGGCUUGCUGUGUGGCUUACUGCAACCUCUUGAUGUAUCCGGUGAAUUUCUUUCACUCUCCUUUUUUUUUAUAGUCCUACAAUGUCCCAAUGCUGUCGGGCUGUCCCGAAAACUGUCCUGCCAUUUUGUUUUUAUCCCGUGAGUGUGUGUGUGUGUUUGUGCACGUACGUGUUUGUGCACGUGUUUGCACGUGUGUUUGCAUCCAUAAGCAGAUAUUUUCCUCUCCCAUUCAUAGUACUAUUUUUUCCUUUUCCCGUUGUCUGUUCUUAGCAGGCACUCCUGAGUCAUGGCACUGGUGCAAUGACACAGUAUUACGGAGAAGUCCACUCGUACUAAAGGUUCAAAGCACCUUUUUCACGGUGUUGGUUGCCAGUUCGUUUUUCCCUAAGCUAAAAAAUAUAUGAUGGACCUAUUUUAUUUUGAUAUCGGCGUAAUACCAUGCGUGGCUCCAUCUCGUUGGACGCAUUGUUUCACGAAUUAACCAUGUCUGCAACGACACAACUGG